AACUACAAAACCUGUUCCACUAGACGUGACAGAACGAAACAAUCGUUCUGCCAGAAAUCAAACUUCAUUUGAUCGAUUAUUUUGUAAAAGAUUCUAUCGAAUAUGUCGAAUACUAUUUUCUCGUUCAAAUCCUGAUGGAAAUCUUAUUGGAAUAUGGUCUAUCUUUAUUUUGGCCAGCCUUAUAAAUGAGAUUGCCGUUUAUUUUGUUGGAAGCAUUCCAAGUAGAUUUUAUAUUAUCUUGACUAGUAAAGAUUUGGAUGGUCUGAAAACUCUCAUGGUUUUUUCUGUACUUAUUGUUUUGGGCGCUGGUCUG